AUGCCAAAAACCAACAGAAUCCGCUCCGACUGCUUUGCCCCGGCUCCUCCUACCCAGUACGCCGACUGGCAGCAGAUUGACUUUGACGAAAAGCCGUCUGCCUCUUUUGACGGCGAGGACGAGGAAGUGGAUGCUUUCCGGCCGACGCACAAGUUUUAUCUGUCAAACAAGAUCCUUGGCCGCCUUUACCGCUAUAUUGACGGAAAGAGCAUGUGGGAUCAAGACGUGCGACGCCCUGUUACAACGGAAGGUCCAACUGUUUGGGAGCAAUUCAUCGGUAUGAUGGAAAAGAAACUAUUGGAGCAUGUUCCCGAGGAUGCUGUACACAAUGUCAUGUACGAAUACUCGCACAGCCACCUGAGGAUGUUGACAGAGAUCGAGGUCUUUUGUGUCUUCAUUUUCAGCAAGACGGGGUCGCAGACGCGACAGCAGGCCGACAACUCGAAGAAGCUCAAGGAGACGUUUGUGCGCAUGUCCGAGACUCUUGUCGCCAAUACACGACAGCGUACCCGGGAGACCGAGAAGGAUACGCAGUACAUGCCUCCUAGAUCGGCUCCGACGUCAGGCGUGGAUGAUCCCCUCGAUCGAGCACCGGCACCAAACCUGCGUGCGUUAGAGUUCUCAUGGGCAUGCUUGCAGGUCGGCCUCCAGGAUAACGAGUACGAUAAUCGCGCCAUCAUGCAAAGCUUCAGGAUUAUCGAAGCGAGUUACUUCCUCAAAGAAGUCACUGAAUUUGUCAAUCAUCUUGUGAAUGGUAAGGUUGCAUCGACGGCCUCCGCGAGCGGCACCGUGCUGCGAGUUAGGAAAGAAUACAUCGGCCCCGUCGUCCUGAAGCUUGAGCCUCACAUCAAGGGACUUCCUUCCACACGGAUACUUCCAGCCAGGCGCGACCCGGAACGAGAGCACGGUGGUCGAGGCAUGUGUUGCUUUUUUGCCGGUGCCUGCAAGAAGGUGUACUGCGCGCCCCGACACAACGUUUGGGCAGCAAAAUAA